AUGUGGAGUCGUUGCAACAUCAUCAAGCAAAGGAUGCUUAUAAGUAAGACCUCGGAAUAUUUGCUCGAGGAACAUCAGGAAAAUCCAAUUGCUCCACACGACGUGUCAUCACGAUUGGAACUAUAUCUGAUUUCUUCUCUGGUAGGUUAUCAGGAGGAUAUACGUACGGCGUCACACUCCCCGAAAGGGGAUAAGGCUCAUCCUCGACACUGUGUCGAGGAUCAGAGGACGACAAGAGGACGAGCAACACAGUUGGACACAUCCCAAUUGGGUGAGGUGACGAAUGCGAUGUCACACGUCACUACCCCUCUCUUCUCACAACCACCACGACCAUCGACGACCGGCCACCAGGAUCCACCACCACGAUUGAGGAACGGCGACGACCACCAACGAACGUCCACGGGGCCCACCACCAGGAUCGACAAACGGCCACGAGGGCCCGCCAGCACCACCAUCGACGGACGGAGACGAGCGCCCACCAACAUCCACGCGCGCCCAGCACCACCAUCGAGGAACGCCGAUGAUGGCCCACCACGAUCUCUGACGAUUGGGUACCAGGACCCACCACCACAAUUGACAAGCUUCUAUGUACGGCCCACGCCCACGAUCGACGGAUGGCCACGAGGGCCCACGAUCGACGGACGACGACGAGCGCCCACUAAUGUCCACGGGGCCACGGGGGCUCAUCACCACCCUCGACAAACGGACACGGGUGCCCACGACCACGAUUGGCAAACCCAAUCGCACCAUCGACAAUUCCCCAGCCUGCCCCCAUCCUCCACCCCCACUCUCUUCCUCGCAUACCCCAUAUCACCAGAAAAACCUCGUGAUGCCGACAUAACAUGA